GUUGUUAUUAGUUUUAUGCUGGUCGGCAAAGUAGUGAACGUGGUGCUUUUGAAUUAUUAUAGUCGUCUCGUAUUCUUAAGUUUAUUUUGAAGAUACUGGACGCGUAUUUCGAUAAGUUCAAAUAUUUGUGGUUCGAAUAGAGUGAAAUAGCAUAGUGUAAUGGAUUUUGUUUUAACUGUGUGAAUACAUUUGUUGUACACAUAAAUAAUCAUCCUGUGAUGUGAAUUGCAUUCAAAAUGGCGGAUUCAUAUUACCAGGGCGACUACAUUAAGCAUCCCGUCCUCUACGAACUCUCCCACAAGUAUGGCGUCCAGACUGAAAAUCUAUCCGACUGCCAGCUCCCUUACAAGCUGGAGGAACUCAAGGAGAUCAUACGGAGGGAGAUCAGGAAAGAGCUCAAGAUCAAAGAGGGCGCGGAGAAGCUCAGGGGCGUCGCGACCGACAGGAAAUCCCUCAACCACGUGGCCACCAUCGUCAAGAACUCGAACUGCAAGUUGACCGAGCUGAAGAACGAACUGAGCGAGCUGGAAUCGCAGAUUAUACUCUCCCAGGGGAACAGCACGUCGAACACGCCUUGCACCAAUGGCGACUAUCUGCCACAGUCCCUCCUAGACACCCGCAACAGUGACAAACAAAACAAUUCCGGACAUCACAGUCGAAUCGAAAACUUGGAACGGCAGCUCAACAUCGAACUGAAAGUGAAACAAGGAGCGGAGAACAUGAUUCAAAGCAUCACUGGCAAAGAUAAGAAACUACUGUUCGAGGCGCAGCAGAUGCUUCAGGAUUCGAAGACGAAAAUAGAGUUCUUGAAAAUGAAGAUAACUAAGAUGAAACACGAUGAAGAUUCGAAGCACCGAGGAUCGAUGUACGACCUGACGGCCAACGGCGACUCGACACCGAGAAGGGAACUGGAGCCAUGCGUCGACGACAGAAUUGAAGAUUUGAAACAUAGGUUGAGGGUUGAGGCUGCAGUGGUGGAGGGCGCCAAGAAUGUGAUCAGACUCUUGCAGAACGGUAACAAAGAUAAAAGCGAUAAGAAAGCCCUCAAUGAGGCGCAAGACAGCUUAAGGGCGAGCAGUAUGAAAUUAGACUUGUUGAGAAAAUCGCUGGAAGUGAGGAAAUCCGAACUGCCAAGUGACUCGCCCAUUGCUCAACAGUUGAAAGAAGAACUUGCUAACACGCAGACGUUCAGUCCGAUGUCUGUGCAUUACACGAGUCUUCAACCCUUUAGAGAGAGACCCGGGAACAAUAAGAUGCCAAUUAAUUCGUCUUCCACAUUUAAUAGAUGCGCAGCUGUCACUGGCGUGUUAGAGGUGCGCUUGAUGGGAUGCCAAGACCUCUUAGAAGAAGUACCUGGUAGGUCAAGAAAAGAUUCCGACAAUAAUUCAAGUCCUAUGGACUUGCGAUUCUUUCGCAAAGGCGUAGGCGGUAGGAGCUCGUCGAAGAGCUAUUCGGUCAAGGAGGAAGUAAGUGACGAAAUCAUGGCAGUAUUAAAAUUAGACAACACUACGGUGGGCCAAACGAGUUGGCGACCAUGUUCUCAGCAAGCCUGGGAUCAGAGAUUUUCAAUCGACUUGGAUAAGUCUAGAGAACUAGAGAUUGGGAUAUAUUGGCGAGAUUGGAGAUCGCUGUGUGCUGUAAAAUUUUUGAAACUGGAGGAGUUUAUCGAUGACGAGAGGCACGGAAUGGCGCUGCAUUUGGAACCGCAAGGUCUCCUUUUUGCAGAAAUCAAAUUUUUGAAUCCUAUGAUCUCGAAAAGACCAAAGCUACAACGACAGAAGAGAAUAUUCAAGGAGGGUCUCCCAAGAGCGAAACAGAUGAACAUAAAUAUAGUGACAUGGGGAAGAUGGAUGAAAAAACAGUCGGCUAGAGUUCCUUCUCAUAGAAAUCAACCUGCUAGUAUAACGAACGAGUUUUCAAGUAUGGAAAAUAUAACGGACGACAAACCUGAAACUCCUGGAGAAACACCCGACCCUAACGUUGCCGGUCUCGGAGGACAGCGACCUCUUGGUUUAGGUGUGGAAGUUCUACCUCCGAGUCCACAACCUCCUCCGAUUCCAAAGGAACCGCCUCCGCCUAUUGCAAAGAAGAGAAUGGCCGUCACUCCUCCUCCAAUACCUCCGAGACUUGAUCCAGAGAGUAUAGCGGUGCUGAGGGAAUUCGACUUCCUAGAGGACCAAGAGGUGUCCAGAUCGGGACCCUUGAUAAUACCAGCCGCAAGCGUGCCUACCACGCCCGUACUUGGGCCCGGACAGUUGGUUCCUCCUAGUCCUCAACCUCUUGUAGAGUUUCCAGACGACGAGCCCCUCGCAGAAGCCGUAAACAUUAUUAGACGUCCGCCACCAAGGGAACACGGCUACAGGGACAGCGCGUACGAAUCAAGGAGGCACUCUCAGUUCACCGGCAUGGGCCUCGACAACUUCAAGCUGCUCAGCGUGCUCGGUCGCGGCCACUUCGGCAAGGUGAUCCUGUCCCAGUACAGAAACACCGGCGAGUAUUUCGCCAUAAAGGCGCUCAAGAAGGGCGACAUCAUAGCCAGAGACGAGGUGGAAUCGUUGCUCAGCGAGAAGAGGAUCUUCGAGAUCGCCAACUCCAUAAGACACCCGUUCCUAGUUAACUUGUUCGCCUGUUUCCAGACUGAGGCGCAUGUCUGUUUCGUGAUGGAGUAUGCCGCCGGCGGGGAUUUAAUGAUGCAUAUACACGCUGAUGUUUUCGAGGAGCCAAGAGCGGUGUUUUAUGCGGCUUGUGUAGUUUUAGGUUUACAAUAUUUGCAUGAGAAUAAAGUUAUAUAUCGUGAUCUAAAAUUGGACAAUCUUCUUCUGGAUACUGAAGGCUAUGUGAAAAUAGCAGAUUUUGGCCUUUGCAAAGAAGGUAUGGGUUUCGGCGAUAGGACAGGUACCUUCUGUGGUACCCCCGAAUUUUUAGCACCCGAAGUAUUAACUGAGACGACAUAUACAAGAGCAGUAGAUUGGUGGGGUUUGGGAGUCCUUAUAUUUGAGAUGUUGGUGGGAGAGUCACCAUUCCCAGGAGAUGAUGAGGAGGAAGUGUUUGAUUCUAUUGUAAACGAUGAAGUACGUUACCCCAGGUUUCUCUCUUUAGAGUCGAUAGCAAUUAUGAGAAGGUUACUUCGUAAAAGUCCAGACAGGAGGUUGGGGUCCAGCGAAAGAGAUGCAGAAGAUGUAAAGAAGCAGGCGUUCUUCAGGCAGAUCAACUGGGAAGAUCUACUUCUUAGAAGGGUACCACCUCCAUUCAUACCCACUGUGCAUUCAUUGGAAGAUGUAAGCAAUUUUGAUGAAGAAUUUACGUCCGAAAAGCCACAGCUUUCACCACCCAAAGAACCAAGGAUACUUCAGGAACAAGAUCAGACCCUGUUCAGAGACUUCACAUAUAUGGCUGACUGGUGCUGACAAGCAGCACACUUUGAAAUCAGAAAAGGAAACAUUCAUUAAAAAAAAAAUUUGAUAAAAUCAGUUCAUGUUUAUGUUCAAUUCAAUUUCUGUUAACAUCUUAUGAGAAUCCUGACUGAAAUUUUUGUUCCAUCAAGGAAUACGCUAUAAGGAAAAACGGAUUUUUUUUGGUUAUGAUUAAUAUUAAGUGUACAGUAUUAUGAACUAUGAGAUGAAGCUGGGCAAAUGUUAGUUUCUGGGAGUAAUUUGUAAAUAUGGAUAAUAAAUAAUUUCUAAAUGAUCAAUUCUGAAAGUGAAAGGUAAUUGAAUUUUACUUCAUAUUUUUCAUUUGACCUUUGUAAUCAUUAAAAUAUAAACUACAUUAAGUUAAAAGUUUGUAUAUAGUAACUGGAGUUCACUAUUAUCAAUAAACAAUCUUUUUAAAACACUUGAUGCAGCUUUUCAAUAAAUUGAAUAUGUAUAAAACAUUUCAUGAGGAAAACUAUUCAAAAGAGUAUUUUUUUUCUUGAGUAAAAUUUUCAUAAUGUUCAAAAAAUGAUGAACUGAUUCUUGUAUAAUAAUUAGGUAAUUUGAAUAUCGAUUUCAUGAAAACUCUUCAUGGCAACUUGUUCAAAUAUCUUGGGGUAAGUUUUAAAGUUAUUGAUCACUUAAACACCAUGAAAAUAUUUCAAUUGGUGAAUGUUGAAAAGCUCAUUCAAGAGCAUCUUUAAUUUUUUGUAAAAAUUUUGUUUGUAUUUUCCUUUAAAAUGUUUCCAGGUUGUUUACCAAAAUGAUGAACAAAUUUUAUCAAACUUCAGUUUAACACAUUUUUAUAUUACUAAACAACAUAAAAAAAAAAUCAGUAAUAAUUGAGAAGAAAGUAUAUGGAAAGGAAAUUGACACAUUAUUGGAUGGAUUCAAAAUCUGUUGAUAUGUGUUAAUGUUGCCUAUCAACACACCUAUUUGUCCUUGCCAUUUCUGUUUUUAUUGCCUUCAAUUUUUACUUCAAAAUUUUAAAUUAGUGUGUUCAAAAAUUUAUGUUUUUGUAAUUCAUUGCUAAUAAGCUGUUUAAUAUUUUUCACCUGAGUUAUUAGCUGCAGUUACGAUAUAGAUUUUAUAAAUUUUGAUUGGCAAUAGCUACCUUUUUUGUACAUAACAACUAUUUAUAUUUCAAUGUUAUCGUUAUUAUAUUGUAUUGUUCUUGUUACAAGUUAAAAUGGUAUUAUUUAUGUAUUUCUUCGGCAAAUGUUUUCAAGGAUGGGUUUAACGAAGGAUAGAAAUUGAUGAUUGAUUUUUAACAUUUAAUUAAAAAAAUACAUCCUCUUGAAGGAUUACAUGUACUAUUUAUGAAAGUAUUUAAAGAUGACAAUUGAACAUAUGUAAUUUUCAAUUGGAAUACAUUAAUAUAAAUUUUACGAGGCCUUUAAUCUGUGAAUGAAGCUUUUACAUUUGGUAACAGUGGAAAACAAUGAUCACAUCUCGAGACUGUAAUUUCAUGUAUUAUUAUGUAAAACAGAGAAAAAUUAAGAAGUGCCUACUGUGUAAGUGUUAUGCUCAUUGUAUAUAAUUACUAACCUUGUGUAUCCUCUAUAUUUUUGAUGCUUUAAUAUAUUAUAUAUACCUUUAUUAGGUAUAGUUUUAGAAUACCUUGUAUUAAAACAAUCAAGAACAA